AUGUUAUCUUAUAAACCGCUGCCAUCUUCCGUCCUAGAUAACAAAAUCCCUCAUUCUAUCUUACUUCCUCAAGACCCUCUACAUCCAUUACCUCUUAGAGUUUUUGGGUCUACAUGUUUUGUUCAUGAUUUUAGUCCUGGUCUUGAUAAGUUAUGUCCUAGGUCUCACAAAUGUGUCUUCUUAGGAUUUCCACGGUCACAAAAGGGCUAUAAGUGUUUUUUCCCUUCCCUCAAUCGUCAUUUUAUCUCUGCUGAUGUCACUUUUGAUGAAUUUUCUUUUUACUUUUCACAUCUAUUUUCUAGUUUUGUACCUCCACCUGCUACUGUUGAUAUUCCUAUUUUCUGUGAUCCUCCUGGUGAUGCUCCACCCAUUUUGUCUCUUUCUUUAGACUCUCAUUCACCACAGGAUCGUCCUUCACCACCACCCCUUCAGGUUUAUAGUCGCCGCAAUUGUCUCCCUCGUGACUCACUUCCAGUGCCGCCUCCUGUGUCUCCUCCGGCUCCAGCAAAUGAGUCUGAUCUGCCUAUUGCCCUCCGUAAAGGAGGGUGUAUGAUAUCAAGGUUGACCCUGAUGGCACUAUUGAUCGUCUGAAAGCUCGACUGGUUGCCAAAGGCUACACACAGAUUUUUGGUUUGGAUUAUGGUGAUACUUUUUCUCCAG